AAAUUCAAACUCCCCCUUGUCUCGCUCUCGCUCUCUGUAUUCUGCACUUGCAUUUAGCUCAGCUCAGGUGAUAAUUCCUUUCAAAGCGAGAAAGAAGAGCGAAGCAAAAGAAAUGGAUAGGGCGACGCCUGUACGGAAUCCCCACACAUCCACCGCCGAUCUGCUGACGUGGACGGAGGUUGCUCCCGCGACCGCCACUUCCUCUGCCAGUGCCUCUCGCUCCCGUCAGCCGUCGGAUGGAAUCGGUAAGGUGCUGUUUGGAGGUCGGGUCACUGAUCAAGAAUCUGAGAGCCUAAACAAGCGGAAGCCCUGUUCAGGAUAUAAAUUGAAGGAAAUGACUGGAAGCAAAAUAUUUGCUGGUGAAGAUGGAGAACAAAACUCUGUCAUUGCUAAUUCUGACCAUGUCAACAAAACAGGAGUACGUACUUAUCAGCAAGCAAUAAAUGGAAUAAGCCAGAUUUCAUUCAGCGCUGAGGGCAAGGUUUCUCCCAAGAAACCUACCACUUUACCUGAGGUAGCUAAGCAGCGUGAAUUAAGUGGGACACUCAAAAGUGAGUCAAAUGCAAAGGUUAGGAAACAUUUGUCUGAUGCAAAGUGCAAGGAACUAAGUGGGAAUAAUAUUUUUGGUCCCCCUUCUGAAACUCCUCCUCGAUCAUUGGCUGCUGCACGAUCCUCGGGAAGAAAAGAAAGGAAAGACAUGGUUGAACCUGCACCUAGGAAUUUACGGACAUCUGUCAGAGUUUCUAAUCCUGCUGGAGGUCAGAGUAACAUCCUAUUCGGUAAUGAACCACCAGUAGUUAGGACUACAAAGAAAAUACACAACCAGAAGCUUUCAGAGCUGACUGGCAAUGACAUCUUCAAAGGAGAUGUUCCGCCAGGGUCGGCUGAAAAGCCAUUGAGCAUGGCUAAGCUGAGAGAAAUUAGCGGUAACAACAUAUUUGCUGAUGGAAAGGCCGUAUCAAGAGACUAUCAUAGGGGCAUCCGCAAGCCCCCUGGCGGCGAGAGCAGCAUCGCGUUGGUUUAAUUGUCGCAUGUAAUCUGUUAUGUAUUGGCAGUAGGAUCCCUAUCUAUCAUUGCCAGUGCGACCAUGUUUGGCUAGUGUAGCAUCAUUUGCGUGCUUGUCAAAACGGAUAGUGUCAAUUUUGGACUGGUUUUGUUGCAUAAGAACAACUUUAGGACUUGAAACAUUCUGUUUAAAAGACGAGCAUGGACGACUUUUCUUGCA